AUGAUAGAUGAAGAAGGAAAGAAAUUAGUAUUUAAUGAAGAAGGGAUUCCAAUAGAAGAUAAAAGAGAAGAUAAAGAAGAAAAUAAAAGAAGAAGGAAUUCUAAUGAAAAUGAAGGGAAAGGGAUUAAACCAAUAAUUACAAAAAAGACAAAAAGAAAUAAACUUAAUAGUCAACAAUAUAGAUUAGUUCAAUUAAGAAAUGAAAAAGGAGAAAUAAUUAGAAUAGUAGAUAAUGAUGAAAUAAUUAAAAAACAUGGAAAUCCAAUAAACAACCAAAAUACAAAUAUCUUAUUAUUGGGAAUAAAAAAAUGUAUUCAUGAAGAUUAUGAUAAAGAUAAAACAUCCUUGUAUUAA